AUGGCACAACAGCAGCCGUCGCUCGAAGCGAAACGGGCAUUUUUUACGCAUUUCAAAACGCUUCCUCACAGCGAUGACGAAGAUGACGUCGGUUCUGGCAGCGCAGAAGGCCAGUCGGAUGAGGACGUGCUGGAUCCAAGGGAGCAGCGCAUGCGACAGCGCCACAGGCGGUUCUUUCGCAAAACCUCGCCGCGCCCGAUGCCCGACGACGUGCCACCUCUUGAAAAGGCUGACAAUAAAAGCAACGGACCGCCGGACACUGUGCAAGCAACGCCUGAAGAUGACGCGGUUGUGGUGACGAGUUCGGCGCGGGCGACGCCUGUCUCCAAGAAACCUACCAAGGCCAGCAGCAAGAGACACAGAAACGUCGUCGAUGAUCUUUUGGAAGCUGAUGGAGACGAUGAAGUGGAAAUUAUUGGCGAGACGCCGAUUGACACUACGAAAAGACAGCGCUCGUCUGCUAAAAUUACAACGUCCAUUCCAAUGACGAAGCGCAUCCCACCAAAGCUGGCAUCGUCGUCGUCCUUACUGCGUGUUGGCGCUACGUUGGCCAGCGCAGCAAGUACGACAAAGAAGCGGAAGAAGGAUGAACAAGUGACGCUGCGCCCUGAAGGUGAACAAAUUUUCAAAGGGCUAAUUUUUUAUUACAUCCCGGACAAUGAGAUUGCGCCGGCGCGAAGACUGCGGAUCCAAAAGGCGCGCGAAUACGGCGCCGUGCGGACGAGCGACGCAGCCGAGGCGACGCAUGUCAUUGUGGACCGGGAUAUCGUUUACAAAGACGCAAAGAAGGUGGUGGCAACGAUGAGGGGAGAAAGACGGGUGAACGGCGUUGUAGUCGUGAGCGAGGACUAUCCGAUCGAGUGCGUGCAGUUCAAGGCGCUGCUGGACUGGAAACAGAAGCGGUACAGGCUUGCCGAGCAACCGGAAGAUGAUGUCACACAUAGCGAGACGAUCCAGAUGGAAAAGAAAGACAAAGAAGUCAAGUCGAAUGUGAACCUCAAGGAGAAGCUGCAGCUGAAGGAGCCGCAACAGAACCCAAAGAAGUGGGAUUAUGCGCCCAAGUCGACUCCGCCAAACGCCAGCGAUGAGUCGCCUGGCAUCGAUUCGCAGCCCAUCAUGCUGGACGCUGCCACUGCAUCUGAAGGGGGACACGACCAGGAAGCAGCGCGGGCGGAAAGCGUUCAGCGAGACAGUAUCGCUCCGGGUGACGAGCUGUCUGAGAUGAUUGACAUGAUGCAAGAGUUCAAAGACCUUCCUCUGGACCAUGACGACGAAGACGAGACGACCACGGCAGCUGUGCCCGAGUCGGGCUCAGACAAUGACCAGGAAUCUCAGCGCAAAGCCCCCGCCACCAAGAAAGCAAGCGCUGGGGCCUUUGAAGAGCGCUUCGCGUGCGCCCGCUCCGGGCCUCUCGACGCGCACACCGCCAACCCCAACGCGCGCACCGUGGAGGUGCUGCAGAGCAUGCUCGCCUACUACGAGCGCAUAAGCGACCAGUGGCGCGUGCUGGCGUACCGCAAGGCAAUUGCGACGCUGAAGCGGCAGCCGGUGCGCGUCGCCUCGGAGCAGGACGCACUGCGGCUGCCGGGCGUCGGGCCGCGGCUGGCGGCCAAGAUUGAGGAGAUUGCGACGACGGACCGCCUGCGCCGGCUGGAGUACGCGGAGCAGGAUGGGAGCGACGCCGUGCUGAAGCUGUUCCUGGGCAUCUACGGCGUGGGCCCGGCGCUGGCGGCGCAGUGGGCGGCGCGGGGGAUGCGAACGUUCGAGGACGUGCAGAGCCAGGUGCGGCUGACGCCCGGGCAGAAGAUGGGCAUGGAGCGGUACCGAGACCUGAACACCAAGAUUCCGAGGGACGAGGUGGAGGCGCUGGCACAGGUGGUGCGGGACGCAGCGGCCCAGGUCGACGGCGCCGUGGAGCUGACCGUCGGGGGAAGCUAUCGCCGCGGCGCGCCAGCCUCGAGCGACGUCGACUUCAUCGUCACCAAGGCCAACACGGCGAGCGAGGCAGAGCUCGUGCCGUUUCUGCGCGAACUGGUCAGCCGACUACAGGCAUGCCAGUUUCUCGUCGCCACGCUCGCCGCCGACGGCAACAUCUGGCAGGGGUGCUGCGUGCUUCCUCGCGGCAGCGGGGUGUGGCGGCGGGUUGACUUUUUGCUGGUGCCGGCAACGCAGAUGGGCGCGGCGCUGAUUUACUUUACGGGGGACGAUGUUUUCAAUCGGAGCUUGAGGUUGCUGGCGCAGAAAAAGGGCAUGAAGCUGAACCAGAGGGGCCUGUACAGGAGGGUUGGCGGAAGGGAGCUGCGGACGACGGAGGAGGAUCUGAUUGAGGGAGCGAGCGAGAGGAGGAUAUUUGAGAUUUUGGGAGUGAGCUGGCGGGAGCCGACGCAGCGGUGGUGCUGA